AUAUCAUAAUAAUCAUUUAUCACAUGAAUCAGAGUUAUUUAUAUUGGAAACCAAGAUAGUCUUUCUCAUUCUAUUGAGUUUUCUUCUCUUUGGACAUUUUCUCAGUCCCUAGUUAGAUGGCUUCCAUUUCCAAACCAACACCUUCCGAGGCACAUCCUGAAUCAAUGGAUUUUCUAUCACGUACAUGGUGCAACUUCGCAGUGCAAACUCUCCAACCUGGUGAUCAGCUUCACCAUCAAUCUAUCAUUCUCCGAGAUCAUCAUCAUCAUCCACCGGAGAAAUUUGAGCAUCAAACCGCGCUGCCAUUUUCAAAGAUGGAGAAAAGUACAAAGCUGGAUGAUGCUUCAGAUUUCAACUCUAUACCGGGAUGGAAAUCCAAUGAUGUUAAGUCAUGGAUAUGGAUGCAACAAGCUAUGCAUCCGGAAUUGAACUACAACAGCUGUUUCAGGAAGAAAUGGCUGUCUUGGAAGAUGGUGCCAUUUAAGGGAAUUCCAUUCAAGAAAUGGCUGAAGGAGAUGAAGCUAAGGCGAAAGGAAGAAGAGAGGCUACAGAGAGCUGAAGUGCAUGCUGCCAUAUCGGUUGCAGGAGUGGCAGCAGCGCUGGCUGCAAUUACGGCAGAGAACUCGAAAAAGGAUGAGUCUGGGACAACUAAAGAGGCUGCAGUGGCAUCCGCAGCUGCUCUGGUUGCAGCACAGUGUGCCAAAGUGGCAGAGGCGAUGGGAGCAAAGAAGGAGCAGCUUAGCAGUGCUAUAGGAUCUGCCAUGAGUGGUACAAGUGCGAGUGAUAUCUUAACACUCACUGCUGCAGCUACAACAUCAUUGAGAGGAGCUGCUACCCUCAAAGCAAGAUCAGGAUGCAAGAACAUAUUAAAUGGAAGUGCACCAGUUCUACCAAUUGAGGACAACAAUGAUUUUCCUUUCGAGUUUGACAAAUGCAGAUCACUGCUCUCAAAGGGCACUGAGCUUGGUGUAGAAACUCCAGAAGGGAAAUACAAGGUUAGAUUAGUGUCAAUUGUCCUAGACAACGAAACCAAGGUUAUUCUUAAACUGAGGAAGCUCAAUCUGUUCAAAAGCAAGAAAGAAAGUAUUGUAUUGGACCUGCAUGCUGAGUUGUAUAGAGAAUCCGAAGCUGAUGACUCUGAUACAUGCUAUCUGCUCGUGUUAAGGACUAAUCUGGGGACGAUUAAGCUGGACAUGGGGGAUGAUUAUCAGCGUUACAAGACGUGGGCUGCAACCAUUAAUCAUAUGCUUGUUCUCCCCACCUCUUUCACAAAAUAUGAACUUCAAUUCUAUAGAAACUGAGGAAAGCUGCAGUGUCGAUUUUUUUUUUUUUCUUUUGUAACAGUGCAUAUCAGUUUGUGUAACAUAUAUAUAAUAUAUGUUCUUGUUUCUGAUUCAAUUAAACAAUUUAAUACAUU